UAUAAAGUAUAUUAAUUUUGUUUCUGUAUAUACUUUAAUUUUAUGUUAUUAUAUGAAAUAUUUCUUUAACUUGAAAUAUGUGUGAAAUCUUAAUAGGGAAAUUAUUGGAGGCAAAACGACCAAAUUUAUAUUGGUCACCUUGUGCAGCCCAUUACAUUGAUUUAAUGCUUGAGGACAUUGGAAAGAUGCCUGAGGUACAUAGAACAGUAAAAAGGGCAACAACAUUGAGUAGUUUUAUUUAUGCCCGCACAGGAGUGGUCAACAUGAUGAGGCGUUUUACAGCCCAAAGAGAGUUGCUUAGGCCUGCUGUAACAAGAUUUGCAACGGCGUUUCUUACCCUUCAACGGUUACAUAAGCAAAAAAGCAACUUUAGAAAGAUGUUCGCAUAGGAUGAUUGGACCAAAAGUAAAUAGGCAAAGGAACAAGCGGGCAAAAAUGCAACUAGCAUUGUAUUGAUGCCCACAUUUUGGACUAGCAUUGUUUAUAUUCUUAAAAUUUUUUGUCCUCUUGUUCGUGUGCUUCAACUAGUUGAUGGUGAAAAAAGGCCAGCAAUGGGCUAUAUUUACGAGGCUAUGGACAGAGCAAAGGAAGCAAUUGCCAAGUCUUUUAAAAAGAGGGUGGAGAAAUAUAGUGAAGUAUUCAAGAUUAUUGAUAAUAGAUGGCAAUGCCAGCUUCAUCGCCCUUUGCAUGCAGCCGGUCAUUUCUUGAACCCUGAAUUUUUUUAUUCAAAUUUAGAAAUUUACGGAGAUGAGGAGAUUAUGACCGGUUUAUAUCAAGCUAUGCAAAGAUUGGUUUCAAGUGCUCAAGAGCAAGAUAAAAUAUGUGAUCAACUAAGUGUAUAUCGUGAAGCACAUGGUCUUUUCGGAACUAAUAUGGCAAUUCGCCAAAGGAAAACAAAGUCACCGGCUGAAUGGUGGAAAUUUUUUGGAUCAUCAACACCAAACUUGCAAAAAUUUGCAAUUAGGGUUCUAAGCCUCACUUGUAGUGCUUCCGGUUGUGAGCGAAAUUGGAGUGUAUUUGAACAUGUAAGUCAUCAAUAUUAAAUCAUCUUAUACAACUAUAGUUAUGGUAUUUUAGUAUUUGAUAGUUUUAAGUUCUUAAUUUAAUAAAGUUGUUCGUUUCUUUUGCAGCUUCAUAGUAAGAAAGGAAUAGGCUCACGCAAAAACGCUUAAAUGAUUUGGUGUAUGUGAGAUACAAUAGAUCAUUGAGGAGGCGUUAUAAAUUGCGUGACACUGUUGAUCCUAUCUCAAUGAGUGAAAUUGAUGACAGUAAUGAAAGGUUGAUUGGAAAAAUGAAUGAAGACGACGAUAAUGAGAGAGAAGAUGAGGAUGUUUGGGAAGAUGACACAUUGACAUGGAGUAUGGUAGCUAAAGCAGCAGGGGUGGAUCAGCCUACCAAUCAUACUAGAUCACAUAGUUCCACCAAGUACAGCGAUAAAGGAAAGGCAAAAGCUUCGUCUUCUCAAUCGCGGAAUAUUAGUAACUUUAUAAAUGAUGAAGAGCCUGAUUUUGAUGAGACUCUCAACAUAGAAGAUGAAGAAGAAGAAGAAGACAUUGGAGAAGACAAAUCUGACGAGGGAGAGGAGUAUUCUUCAUCAAGUGAUGAAGAUGAUGGUUGAUGAUUAAGGAAUGAGGAUUGAGCUAAUUAAUAUUGCUAAUAUGACGUAUUUUGGCUUGGGGUCUUGAACACUUAUCUUUCACAUGAUCAUGAUGCUUUUUUAAUGUUUUUUGGCUUGAAACUUUAAACUUUUUAACUUUUAUGCAUAUUACUUUUUUA